ACUGAGAGAAAGCAGCCUCCUGAUCUCUGCGUGUUUCUGGGUAAAUGGACCGAGGCUAGCUGGCUCCGCUUGCAGCGCGCGCACGAGCUGUAGAGACUCGGUCAAGCAAACGGUUGUGUUUUUGAGGGGAAACAUGACCAGCAGAGGACAGGGAAGCGCGGCCAGCGACAUCCACAACCAGGAAAAUAUGCUGUCAAGACUGCGAGGCUCGCUAAAACCCAGAGCUGCUUCUGCAAACGACAACCAAGAAAAUCUUCCGCCCAAACAAGCGGCCAGCAGGACCGUCCUGGGAGCCCUGCAGAACAACCAGAGGAGCAAGAACCAGAACCAGAACCAGCGCGGCACCAAGCAGGAGUCGUCACAACCCUUGUCCUGCAAAAAUGGAGAUUUUGGCAAAAUCUGCUCAGAGAAGCCCUCGUCCAAGCAGCCUUCUUUCCAGAUUCACGUGGACGAGCCUGAUGGCGCCUGCACCAAGAAGCCACAGCAGGUGGACGAAGCUGUCAAAGCCAAACCCGUCCCUGAGGAGUCUCCCCUCACAAUCAAUGCUGUGGCACGGCUCCGGCAGCCGCUGGCCACCAUUGAUAUGCCAUCGGCGAUGGAUGUCAGCUUUGACUCUCCCAUGGACAUGUCUGUGGUUGAGGGGGAGGAGAAACAAGUCAAUGUAAAUGAGGUCCCAGAAUAUGCUGCUGAAAUCCACGCGUACCUGAGGGAGAUGGAGGUAAAAACCAGGCCCAAAGCUGGCUACAUGAAGAAGCAGCCUGACAUCACCAACAGCAUGAGGGCCAUCCUGGUGGACUGGCUGGUGGAGGUCGGGGAGGAGUACAAGCUCCAGAACGAGACGCUUUAUCUGGCUGUAAACUACAUCGAUCGCUUCCUGUCCUCCAUGUCUGUCCUGAGGGGGAAGCUUCAGCUGGUUGGAACUGCUGCCAUGCUGUUGGCUUCGAAAUUUGAAGAGAUCUACCCCCCAGAGGUGGCAGAGUUUGUUUACAUCACAGAUGACACCUACACCAAGAAGCAGGUGUUAAGAAUGGAGCAUCUGGUGCUCAAAGUGCUCUCCUUUGAUCUGGCAGCGCCAACCAUCAACCAGUUUCUCACCCAGUACUUCCUCCAUCAGUCUGUGAGCAAACAGGUGGAGAAUCUGGCAAUGUACCUCGGGGAGCUCAGUCUGGUUGAUUCAGAUCCGUUCUUGAAGUAUCUCCCAUCACAGACGGCUGCAGCAGCCUACAUCCUGGCCAACCACACAGUGACCGGUGGCUCAUGGCCCAAGUCCUUGGCAGAAAGGUCCGGCUACUCUCUUGAAGAUCUGAUGCCAUGUGUUGAGGAUCUGCACCGAACAUACCUCAGUGCUGCUCAGCACGCUCAGCAGUCUGUUCGGGAGAAGUACAAGGGCCCCAAGUACUCUGAAGUUUCCCUCAUUGAAGCUCCGGCUAAACUGCUGCUGAACUAAGCUGUCCCCUCUCCUUGUCCAUGUAGAGUUUUGUAUACCUGUCAGUCUUUUCCAUUUUUUGUAUUUUUUAAUGAUGUGUGCCACCAUUUCAGAUGACAUGGCCUGCUCUUCUUGGAGUAGCACAAGAUGUUUAGAGUUUUUUAAGGUAUUUUUAUACUUAAUCCUGACAUUCAUACCAGACAGUUGUUGGUUUAAAUCAAGCAGUUUUAAUGUUGACUUUUAAUCGCAGACAAAAUCGAGAGGUCUUCUGCAAAAUUCUGCUUUUGAGCUUCGGUGUUUCUCCGAUGGACCUGUAAAUCUGCUCAAACCCAGAAAACCUGUCUUUCCCCACUUUUUUUAAAGGUUGAAUCAAGCAGUUAUUGUUGCUGGUUCACCUGAGAGGCAACCUCAUGGGAUGCAGAUUAAAGAACGUUUUGUCUGUAAUGGAGUCAGCUGUCUCAUUACACUGGUGUCUUGGGAGUUUGCGGCUUUUCAAGGCGCCAUCUGCACUGUAAAAUAUGGCUCUUGUAAAUAAAAUGCAUUUAAAGUAUAA